AUGUCGCGCCUGUCGACACCUCAAAAGAAAGUGCAUGCGGGAGCUGCCGUCGUGCUCCCUUGUAAGUACCUAGACCGCAACACUCCGGUGAUCAUGGCCACGCUGAUAAUGAGCCCUGGUGACACGGCGGCAUGGGAUCCAACGAGUCGCACCGGGCGGCUAAAGCAUCUUGAGCGGCUGGUACAUGUCAACGAAGAUGGGCCAGCGCCAGGCACACUUCCUGAUACUCAGUCCAGGUUCCAACCGGUUCUUAAUGAUCGCUUUCCGACCUCUUACUUUUUAGACCCGGAUCACUUUGUACCGCUUGGCUUAGGAUCACUUUCUUCACCGGCGCCACCAUUCAUACAGCACGCAUGGAGCCUUGUGCGGAAUCACUGGCAAGAAACGUGCGAGACAUACCUCGCGGCCAUCCAACCAUGGCUGCCUAUGCUGAGCAGGAAACGCCUCUACAGCGGCUUGGCCACUCUCACAGUCAAUCAAACGGCGGACGACGUGCUCCUCAUCUUGUGCAUGAGGCUGUGCACACAGAGUAAGCAGGAAAUGGGUAGCGACAAGCAGCUCGAAACCAACAUCUACAGCGCGGCUAAGCAGUGCUGCUUCUACGCAGAGGCAGGGGGUUUUGUUUCCCUGCGACUUGUUCAAUCACUUGUCCUCCUGGCUGUGUAUGAACUCGGCAACGCAAUAUAUCCCGCGGCUUAUCUCACAAUUGGACGGGCCUCACGAUUAUCCAGCAUGAUUGGCAUGCACAGUCGAAAGAAGGCGCGGCAACUAUUCGUCGACCCCGACACCUGGUCUCUACGCGAGGAGCAACGACGUACGUGGUGGGCUGUCUUUGUGCUCGACCGUAUCAUAUCGGCGGGUACAGAAGGGUUGGCCGUUGCUGCCCCGGCACCCGGCUCCGACUGCCUUCUCCCCUGCACCGACGUUGAUUGGGAUCAAGGAAACAUCAGCACAAACGAGCCUCUUCUCGCCGAAUCGUUUAAUGUAGGAGUGUCGCUUGGCUCCUUCGCUCGGACAUGCCAGGCCGCGCACAUGCUAGACAAGGUCCUAGCGCACGUCGGCCGGCGCAAGAACGACGUCGGCCAGGACGCGACGGAGGUGCUUGUCGAGGCGAUACAGCUGCACACAGCUCUCCAGGCUCUUGACGCGAGCCUCAUAUUUCCAGAAAUGCCUACCAAGGACUGGUAUCUGAGCCCAGAGACGCCGAUGCCGGCCCGGGGGGCGAAGACGGACGUCAUCAGUGCGCUAUGGCACUGUGCUGCUCCGCAAGCGCUGGAAUCGGAGGCGCAGGGGAUCGCAAUCCGGGAAAUCGAGCACCUAGCCGCCAUAACAGUCCCGAGGCUGGCGCGAGCGGUCGUACAGACUUCUGCGGCUGUUGUGACGAGGCAGACUAUCAACCCGCUGCUGGGGCACUGCAUGUAUUACGCGGCGACGGAAUGUGCGUGCUUCAUUAAGGAGAGCCACAUAAGCGACAUGCACGCGGCACUCACUCACAUUGUCCAAGGACUAAAGGCGGUCCAAUCGGAGUGGGAAGUAGGUGGGCGGUAUCUGUCGUUGCUUGAGAAAGCCGAAGUUCUGAAAUUGGUGGACGAAGGAACGCUGAUCCGAGACGCCACGGCUCUGAACUCUCAGCGACGUGAUGUUAAGGUCCUAAACGAAACGAGAACAUACUUCAUAUAUUUCCUUCAAUAA